AUGGCUGAAAAAACAGUCGAUCAGAGUAAAGCUGCACCUUCAAAAUCGCAGACGAACAAUCAGUCUGCUAGUGAUUCAGGAAUACAAGAAGAUGGCGAGUCAAAAGUAUCAAGUGAUGGUCAGAAAAUUCCAGGGGAUGCCAUUCCGAAGAAAAGAAGCACAUUUAAAAUUACGAGUGUCACCACGACACAUACGACUCCAAAUUCGAGGGGUGGAAGUGGCGACUUGACAGCUGACGUUGAUGGCGAUAGCAUUGACGAUUUGGAUGAAAGUCAUACAGAAGAUUUCAGUUCUGAUAUUUAUGAUGUUUCGAGAGCCACAGAUUUAGAUCAAGAUGUUCUCUUGACACCGGAGGAGGUCAUUGCUAAAGAGAAACCCAGUGACAACCAAUCACGUUUCAAAGUUGUGAAAAUUGAAACUAAGGAACCGUUUCGCAGGGGACGAUGGUACUGUCAUGAUUUUUUAGACCCUGAAAACAAAACUGAAAAACAAAGUGAGGAAAUUACUGUUCAUUCUGGCAAUUCUAGUGCUGGAAAUUCAGUGCAUUAUGUUCAUGGAGUUGAUGAUCCUUCAAAAAAUCCUUUGCUUGCAGGCGGAACUGGAACUGUCAAUACAUCGUCAGGAGGUUCUAAUGAAGGAUCGAUCCCUGGACAGACGGAGACGUUUGUACCCAUACAUCCUGCUCCGCACGCUAGUCAACCUGUACCCCAAGUAUCGCACAUGCAAUCGCAACGACAGUCAACACCUGGGUUGCCAGGUAACGACACCAGUAACCCGUCGCCAGUCCCUAGUAAUCUGCCAAGUGGUCAUCCUGUAUCAGGUGUGACGUCCGUGCAAUCGGGGGUUGGACAAAAUCCCCCUGGUCAUCAGAACUCUUCUCAAAAUUUACCUAAUAUAAAUGCUCAAAGUGUUCCUCACAUGCCUCAAAGCAUGACGAAAGCUGGAGAAGGCCAGAAUGUAGCUGGACAGACGGCUGGUCAUGGACAGACUGGAGCUAAUCCAGGACAAAGUGCUAUGCAAGGUUCACAUUACACUGACCCCAAAUCUUUCAAUUCUCAACAACCUUACAGUAUGACUAAUGUUCCUAUGCCAGGACAAGCUCCACAGUCUCUCGUCAAGCCUCUGAAUCAAGCUGGCGGUGCUCCGAAUGUCGACUCUGGAGCUCCGCAGAGCCAGUCAGCCAUGACGUCAAAUGUACCCGUCACUACUAAACAACCAGCAGGACAGUCCACAAAUCUGUCUGCUCCUAAAAGCCAGUCGUCAGUUCCCGGUACCAUAAGUAGCGGCAAUUUAUCAGGAAUGCAAGGACAAGAUAAACCGAACGAAAGCAGAGGCAUUGCUUCUUCGACGCCUCGUAGAGCUUCAAUGGUGGAAGGAAUGCGCAUGACAGAAGAACUACAGAAUUUAGUCAAUGACCAUCCUGGAAUUCCGGAACUAUUAUCAGCUGUCAGUGGAAGAGAAAGCCCUGCCAAGGAGUUGAAAGAGGAGUCUGAAAGAAGAUCUUUAGUUCAGAUGGGUCAUUAA